AUGAGCUCCAGCCAGAGCCGCAUAGCGAGCCGCAUAGCGAUGAUUGGCUGCGGCAAGAUGGCGGAGGCGCUUGCGGACGGGCUGCAAGCGGAGCUGCCCGGCCUCUCUCUCUGCGCAGCUGACGUCAACCGUCACCGAGCGCUCCUCUUUCAGGAGCGAUUCGGCGCCAGCGUGCACGAGAGCGCCCGCGAUGCGGUGCGUGGAGCCGACCUUGUGCUGCUGGCGUGCAAGCCACAAAACAUAGCUGCAGUAGGGAAGGAGCUGUGCGGCCACAUCGACUCCGAGACCGUCGUGCUGAGCAUCCUCGCAGGCACGCCGCUGAGCGUGCUCUCGGGCAGCCUCGGCGUGGCGCGAGUAGUCCGGUCGAUGCCAAACACGCCAGCUGCGGUCAAGGAGGGCAUGACAGUCUGGAUGGGGACGCAGAGCGUCUCGGAUGCCGACCGGCGGCUCGUUUCUCGUGUCCUCGGCAGCCUCGGCCAGGAGCACGAGGUGGACGACGAGAAGUACCUCGACAUGGCGACGGCCCUCUCCGGGAGCGGCCCCGCCUACGUUCUGCUGCUGAUGGAGAGCAUGAUCGAGACGGGCGUACACCUCGGGCUGCAGCGAGACGUCGCGACCAAGCUGGUGCAGCAGACUGUCAAGGGCACCGCCGUGUACGCAGGCUCGCCGGAGGGCAUGAGUGCCGCCAACUACAGCGCCCUCCGCUCGGACAUCACCUCUCCGUCUGGCACCACCGCCUCCGCAGUGUACACGCUGGAGCGUGGCGGCUUCAGGACGACGGUCGCCGACGGGCUUUGGGCGGCGUACCGCCGCUCCCUCGAGCUCGGCCUGCAGGACAGCAACGUCGGACCGGACAGGUCAAAGCUUGUGGGCAAAGGCACGGACCGGUCGAAGCCCUAG